AUGGACAACAACAACCAGAAUAACAUUCAAACUACAAACAAAAGUACAUCCAAUGCUCAAUCAAAUUCUCAAUCAAUCCAUUCAUUCGAUUCUUCAACCGGUGCUUCGAUUCAUAAUGUUGAAAUUCCUUAUAUCCUUCAAAUCGGAACUGAAAUGGUCAAGGUGUCUGCUAAGAAAACUAUUCGGAUUAAAGUUUCUUUGAAUCAUGAACGAGGUCAAAUCGUUUGGGAAAGUAAAAAAGGAGGUUCAUUAAAUAUUGAAUCGAUUCGAGAAAUUCGAUUUGGUCAAGACGCAGGAUAUUAUAGAUCUCAAUACAAGAUUCAUCCUGAAUAUGAAUCAGUUUGGCUAACGAUUAUAUAUAUUUCGAAAAAAUCAACUUAUAAGAUGUUACAUCUCUUUGCCAUUCAACCUGAUCAUUUUAAGAUAUGGAAAGUAACUUUGGAAAAGAUUUUGGAGUUUAGAAGAGAAUUGUUGGGUGGAUUGAAUCAUAUACGUAAACGUCAGGCUUAUUGGCUUAAACAACAUUGGAUUGAGGCUAAUGCCAACUCAGAUCCAAAAUUGAACUUCAAAGAAACCGUUGAAUUGUGUAAAAGAUUAAAUAUCUCAAUCCCAGAAUCAUCUAUCAGGACGAAUUUCAAUAUGGCAGAUUCAGAACAGAAAGGUUAUUUGGACUUUUCGGGAUUCCAACAGUUUAUUAAACUCGUUAAAAGACGUACAGAUCUUGAUGAGAUCUUUCAAAACAUCACGUCUGGUAAAGAGACCAUGAGUGUUGAAGACUUCAUUACAUUCAUGCAGACCGUUCAACGUUCUCCAUUAUCAACAUCUAGCUUACAAUCGAUUUACUCCAAGUUUCUAGAUGAACCCGAUGAAUCGGUUUCGAAUCCUAAUCCUGAGUUACCUAUCCCUUCAAAGUUAAUGAAUAUCGAAUCAUUCAAUAGCUUUCUUCAAUCAUCUGAUAACUCACCUACCAAUGAGGCACACCUUCGGGUUUGUCAAGACAUGACUCAUCCGAUUUGUGACUACUUUAUCUCAAGUUCACAUAAUACUUAUUUGGUGGGAAAUCAACUCAAGGGUGAGAGUACGGUUGAGGGUUAUAUCCGAGCGUUACAAGAAGGUUGUCGGAGCGUUGAACUUGAUUGCUGGGAUGGAGAUUCAGGCGAACCUGUAAUAUACCAUGGUCGUACAUUAACGAGCAAGUUAUUAGUUUCAGAAGCACUCAAGGCGAUCUCAAAAUACGCAUUUGCUGCUACACCUUAUCCACUUAUCUUAUCAUUAGAAGUACAUUGUCAACCAGUACAACAAGAUCGAUUGGCUGAAUUGUUAAAGAUUCAUUUGGGUGAUGCUUUAGUGGAUCAAAGGUUAGAUGGAGUGGAUGUGGGGAUCUUACCUAGUCCUCAACAAUUGAUGUAUAGGAUCUUGAUUAAGGCUAAAAAACCAACUUUGGCUCUUAAUUCAUCUGACCUAUCACCUGGGCUCUCAUCUGAAGCUGAUCAACCUGUUUCUGCUACUGCUACUACUACUACUACAUCGGGAUCAUCUACCAGUUCAGAUUCAGAUCUCAAGCGCAUGUUUUCAAAUGCGUCUAGUCGAUUGGGUCAUCGAUUUAAACGAAUCUCAACUAAAGUCAUCUCACCACAACCUUCAACACUCGAUUCGAUCCCAUUCGAAACCUUGACAGUUUCUUCACAACUCACUUCAACCCCUUUACCAAGUCAAAGUAUGAAAAAGAUACCAAGUGAACCGAUCACCCAUACGCUUUCAGAUAUAGCAGUUUAUACUAUCGGAGUCAAAGCUAGAGGUUUCAAUAAGAUUACCAAGUAUGAAUUAGAAGAUUGUGUUUCGUUGAGUGAAAGAGCUGUGAAUAAGUUUUUGAAGAGUGGAUCGACAGAUUUGAUUGGUCAUACUCGGUCUCAUCUUACUAGAGCUUAUCCUGCUCCUACUAGAGUGUUUAGUGGAAACUUUUUGCCUCAUCGGUUUUGGGGACUUGGAAUUCAAUUAGUGGCUUUUAAUUGGCAAACGUUUGAUUUAGGAAUGGAAUUGAAUCAGGCAAUGUUUAAUUUGAAGAACGGAAGAGCUGGAUAUGUUUUGAAACCUGAGGUUUUGAGAAUCAAAGGAAAAGAAAAAGAUGCAGCGAUUAGGAUACAUAAGUAUGAACUUGAGAUUGAGAUAAUUUCUGCUCAACAGUUACCUAGGUGUUCUGGUGCUUUAGAAGAUGAGAAUGGACCUGAUUCGGUAGUGGAAGUUCAGCUUAUUAGUCAUUCUUGUCAGAAUAAUCAAAUCCCUAGUUCUAUGAAACGGAAAACUAAAGUGGUGAAGAGGAACGGAUUGAAUCCGAUUUUCAAUGAAAAGUUCAAAAUCCCAUUUGAUGUACAAGGAGGAAUGUUAUCAUUAAGUUUUUUAAGAUUAUUAGUUUGUGAUGAUCAACUUGGAGAGAAUGAUGAGAUACUUGGUAGGAUUUCGAUUGGAUUAGAUUCACUUCAACCUGGGUAUAGACAUUUACCUUUGGUAGAUGAAGUAGGUCAUCCAUUGAUGUUUGCUUCUUUAUUUAUUAAAAGUCAAAUUAAAGAAAUCGUGGAAGGAUGA